CUUUUGCUUUGGCAGCGGGCGGUAUUGAAUCAAAGAACCAAAGUUAUUUGAUAUUACUUUUAUUAUUUUUGUUUUCAGCAAUGUUAAUGUUUAUUUUACAAAAGAACAAACUUGAAAACAGGGCGAAGGGUUCUGUUAUGGUUGUCUGUUGUUAAAAUGCCUUUGGUUUGAGGAAACAAUGAACGACAGCGCUGCCGAUUGCUCGGAAGCUUUAGAUCCUCGAGUUCAGAUAGAGUUGGAACGUCUAAACACAGCCACUGACGAGAUCAACAGGCUCGAGGUUGAGUUGGACGAGGCUCGGCUGGCGUUCCGGAGACUGCUCGCUGAAGGUCACCUGCGGAUACAGCAGCUUACCAAAAAGUUGGGCACUAGUGUGCACAAAGCCAGGCCUUAUUAUGAAGCUAGAUUUCGAGCUAAUAUUACUUCCCAAGACCUGCAAGCUGCAACCAUCGCGUAUGACAAAGCGAACAGUGCUCACGCAGCAGCCAGGGAGAUGGUGUAUCUUGCUGAGCAGGGCUUGGCUAGACUGGCUGAAGGCAAUACAGGUCUUACCCUCGACCCGGCCUGGCAGGAGAUGCUUAACCAUGCCACGCAUAGAGUUAAUCAGGCGGAGAGCGAACGCGCCCACGCGACGGUGACGCAGCGCUCGAAGGCGGCCGCGCACCGCGCCGCCACCACGCUCGUGCAGCAACUGCAGAACGGACUCAAGAGGCACAUCGCUAAAUCCAGACCGUACUUCGAAGAGAAAGCUCGCAUCAACACGGCUUUGGAAGCUCAGAAGGCAAGGAUACAGAGCUUGGAGGAGCAGGUAGCGGAAGCUAAACAGCAGUACUCGUCAGCUCUCAGGAAUCUGGAGAGGAUCUCUGAUGAAAUACAUAAGCAUAGGUCUAGAAGACAGUCGGCUAGAAACGAAAUAGACCGUUCAACACUAACGGACACGGCCAGCGAUACAAACACGACCAGUAGUGACAAACUGGAAGAGCUAUGCGAGAGUAGCACGGACGCCAGUGUGCGCGAGUGGCUGCGUCGGGCCGCCGACGCGCAGCGGCCCCGGGGCCCCGACACAGACACCUGGACUGAGAUAGACCUGGACUACUCCAGUCCUGAGGAGGUGAGCUUCGAAAAAUGUUCGCUCCGUGGCCGCGACACUUCGGAAGCGUGGUCACCGCCAUCACCGGGCUCGUCGCGGGCGUCGGCCGCCGAGCCGCGCCGCAUCAUCCCGCGCCAGCCGCGCCCGCCGCGCCGCCAGAGCCUCGACGCGCUGCUGCACGACACCCAGGAGAAGGUCAAGGAGAUGUUCCAAGGUCAGUGCACAUGUUCAUCCCGCGCCAGCCGCGCCCGCCGCGCCGCCAGAGCCUCGACGCGCUGCUGCACGACACCCAGGAGAAGGUCAAGGAGAUGUUCCAAGGUCAGUGCACAUGUUCAUCCCGCGCCAGCCGCGCCCGCCGCGCCGCCAGAGCCUCGACGCGCUGCUGCACGACACCCAGGAGAAGGUCAAGGAGAUGUUCCAAGGUCAGUGCACAUGUUCAUCCCGCGCCAGCCGCGCCCGCCGCGCCGCCAGAGCCUCGACGCGCUGCUGCACGACACCCAGGAGAAGGUCAAGGAGAUGUUCCAAGGUCAGUGCACAUGUUCAUCCCGCGCCAGCCGCGCCCGCCGCGCCGCCAGAGCCUCGACGCGCUGCUGCACGACACCCAGGAGAAGGUCAAGGAGAUGUUCCAAGGUCAGUGCACAUGUUCAUCCCGCGCCAGCCGCGCCCGCCGCGCCGCCAGAGCCUCGACGCGCUGCUGCACGACACCCAGGAGAAGGUCAAGGAGAUGUUCCAAGGUCAGUGCACAUGUUCAUCCCGCGCCAGCCGCGCCCGCCGCGCCGCCAGAGCCUCGACGCGCUGCUGCACGACACCCAGGAGAAGGUCAAGGAGAUGUUCCAAGGGUUAUCACUGUUCGGUGAGCGUCGCGGGUCGGCGUCUGCCCCCCGCACCCCGCGCCGGGCGCCCUCGCCCCGAGCUGCUUCACACACCAGCGACGAGCGGUACUCUGAUACUGAUAGCCGCGCCAGCGUGGAGAUGCUAACAGACGAACAGAUAGCGUCCCUCAUGCUGGACGCCCAACUAGAAGCCGUCUGCGAGCGUCUAGCGGGGGUCGUCCGUCAGCCACGCUCCCCCCACUCGCCCCCCCACCGGUACUGAUGUGUCAUCGGUCCAGUGAAAAAUAAUAAUAGUUAAUACCAAUAAUAAUCACAUUUCUGUUGAUAACUUACGCUUAAUUUAAACUAAAGUACAUCGAUGAAUGCAUUCCAUU